AUGCUUGCAGGGUUUGGCGAAGACAUAGCUUGGGUGAAAUGGGAGGAUGCCGUUGAGACAGCCAUGGAGGCAAACAAACCAAUUUUCUUACUAAUCCACAAAUCAUGGUGCCACGCAUGUAAAGCACUGAAAAAGACAUUCCAGCAAUCGAAUGCUCGGAAAGCGUUCAAAAAACUGUCCGAGUAUUUCGUUAUGGUGAAUACGGAGGACGACGAAGAACCGUACGAAGAAGAAUAUAGGCCUGACGGAAAAUAUAUCCCACGCGUACUAUUCCUUGGUUAG